AAUAUAUAGAGACCGCUGAUCAUGUUUGAGACAAAACAAACAUUAUCGUCUAUAUUUGUUCAGGGCAAGAGGUGGUUCUGACGAAUAAUUACUUGCGGUUCACCUUCAGUCCAUGCAAACGAAGUGCAUUACUCGAACUGAGACUUUCAAACUUCUAUUGUCUUUUAUCAGUCACCGAUAACAUGAGCUAUCCGAAAGGCAACACCUUUUUCCAUAAGCUGAAAAGCCGUUGGAUUUUGCGGACUUCUCAGAAAUACCCACCUUCGUUGAUUUGCAUGAUGCCCGUCGAAAUUCUCGAGGCCAUUGCCAUUUCACUAAGACCAACCGAUUUUUGCGCCCUUCGACUUACUUGUAGAGAUAUCUACGAGAGGACAGCUCACUUCUUUGGGCGGAAAUUUCUGAAAACAGUGCACAUUGAUCUUUCUCGGAAUGCAUUGGAGCGUCUGUCAAAGGUUGCAGAACACCCUCAUCUAAGGCAGCACGUUCAGCUGCUGGUCAUCGAGGAACCUCAAGACAACUUGUUUGGACGUGAAAUUUCAUGGGCAAGACAUCCUUCUGGUCAUCUUGCUGUACCUCAAAAAGCAAUUCAGCAGUGGCAAACGGUGCUAAGUCGCCUAGUGAAUUGUAGAGGAUUUGAAAUACGCCGCGAGCAUUCCUUUGAAUCUUCCGAUCUUUCCGGUCUGAGGUCCAGCGAUGCUAUUACAGUUGUCCUCAGUAUCAUUUCCGUGGCAUCUAUUCCCGUGUCAGCUUUUGCCGUUCAUUUCAAACCUAAGGGCACGAUAGGCAACAACCACGUCGAAAUGGAGUGCAUUAGCCCUCUAGAUUUUCGAAAGCCAGGAUUUACCGCCGCCUGGGCCCAUAUGCAAGACCUCAGCCUUCAGUACACGAUGGGAUCAGAUGAUGCGAGUGCAGCUUCGAAGAACGCCGACUGGACCGUAGAAUUGGUACAAUAUGCCACAAGGCUUAUUAAGUUGGAUCUCAACUUCGACCUUGGGGACCAAGCAGAUUUGAUUAUCCACCGGCUAUCCACUCUCAGUUCAUUGUGUCAGCUGCAAGAAUUGACUUUGGAAAGCUUCAGCCUAGUAUCCGAGGGAGCACUUCCAGACCUCCUGCACACGGUUCGCAAAAGUCUACAAACCGUAUCAUUCUCCUUUUCUACACUGCCUGAUGAAUGCUGGAUUUCGAUUCUUAAAAGUUUGGGUAGCGAAUUCCCGUCGCUGAAUAGCAUCAACUUACAAUUCCUGAGAGGAACAAACAAAGGUCUGCUUCAUUUCCCCAGACUCUCGGAAAGCCUACAUGUCGACGAGGACACAAGCUUUACUGUUGUCCAAAAAAAGCGCCGAGGGGGGCUUUUGAACACGACUGUUGGCUACUCGGGCCCGAGUGUGGGUAAAGCGAUCUUGAUACUUGUGGAAUGUGCUACCUUCGACUAAUGGUGUGACUAUAAUCUCAUUCCUAUACGGAAAGCAUCAUAAAAGAUUUAUCCCAAUAAAGACUUUAUGACAUUCAUCAAACGGCUGCUUGCUAUUGUUCAGUUACAAAAAGACUAUAAACGGCGAAAUUGCGAUCUCUGCUUCUUUCCGCUACUGUGGAGAAAAUUUCCGACAUCCUCCACCAUCAACUUAAAGGUCAGCGAUCGAUAGAUUGUCGUGAUAUGUGGGAAGUCGACACUCAUUUUGUAGAUUCCUGAAUAC